AGAACACCGAACCUCCUCUCUCUCUCCAUCCAUCAGUACACGAACCCCACAUUCCCGUCUCACUCUUGACAAUCUCUUCGAUCCAUCAUGCACUCUGGAAGCCACUGAGAGCAGACAGAUGUUGCCGUGUGAAAUGCUCUUUCGCCUCCUCCUGGUCGGAGUUUGCCUGUGCGUAUUUGGAAAUACGGUCCAGGAUAUCCAGAAGGAAAAUGAACACUCACUCGGAGGGAGAUCCUUGAGGAUUGUGGGGCCAACCAAGGACAGUCUUGAUGCAGAAUCCAAGCCCGGAGCGCGAAAGAAGUUCCGGAGGAUGUUUGACAGAGAGAACAUCUACAAAGCUGUCCUGAAAAGGACACUGAGAGACACAUUGGGUGACAUCAAUGUCAUGCUGCAUGAAGAAGCAAGGAGGUCUUCCUCCACCAGAGCUCCAAAUCCAUCCAGUCCCAUCCCCACGCCUGUCUCUCUCACCACUCAGACCUUCACACUGUUGUCCACGUGGGAACGUCAAGGUCCAGUCAUGCCCACGUCACCGGAACUCUUCUUUCCCGACAUAGGUGAGGACUCCAUGCUCAAAGAGGACAGCGCGGAGGGCCUGUGGACGGAGGCUCCCAGACCCAGCGGAGACACGGCACCGCCGCCAUCCCAAGACGACACCACAGAGGGUACCAUGUCUUCCGAGUCUCUGCCUCUCAUCUUUGAGCCACUGGAAGAAUCCGCAACUCAGCUUCCGGCUGCCGUCAUGGCAACAGCAGUGACGCCGCUGUCAGGGACAGACUCGGAGCGAGUGGUUGCCACGGAGACAGACAAGCCACCAUGCACAGGGUCCCUGAUGACGGCUGAUGGCCAGCUGCUGGAUACCAGCAACCAAUCAGAUGAUCCGGAUGAGGGUGAGAGUUCAGAGCAAUUGAUGGAGGACGAGGGCAGCGAAGAGGACCCGACUGAGACAGCCCAAACUCAGCCUCCGUACAGCCUCAUCCCACCACCUUCUGUCUGGGUGCAACACAACCAGGGCCUGAUGCACAGCUGGGUGGCGCUGAUCCGAGAAAAGGUAGGCUACGUUUCGGGCAUGUUAGCCCCGGUGGGCAUUGGCAUGGCGGGAGCCCUUCUGCUCGUGGGCGCCCUCUACAGCAUGAGGCGGAUCCAGCAAAGGAGGCGGAACAGCUUUAAACGCCAGCGCAGGAAGGUCCGGCCCGCCGAGCAACCAGGGGAGACAUGCGCCGGCCGACAGGAUCAGGCCAUGCUGCUGGCAGACAGCUCCGAGGAUGAGUUCUGAUCCGAAAGACCGAGCCAAUCAAGGUCGCCAUGACAACAGCAUCCAUAUACCAUCGCCUCAGACAGCUUUAUAUCCCCAGACAACCUCACGUGGCAACUCUAUUCCAUGUUUAAAAAUGGCUGUGUGGCCACAUGACACACAUUUCACAUAAAAGAAAAGAGAAUCAAUGAAAAUGUACACAAAGUAAAUACAGUAUCGUGCCUGUAAAUGUAUUAGUGUAAAUACAAAUGUAUUCACCCGGACUUAAAAGAGUAGGGCAACAAGAAAGCAAAAAUAUGGCACUGAUUAGAUGCUAAUGAUGCCAAUUAUGUUGUUAGCCCAGCACUGUUCAAAUACAGUAGUGGGUUGCAGUUUGGGAAAAUUCUUGGAUUUUGAUGCUUGACACAUGGCUACUUUAAGCUGCAUUAAAAAAAAUGUUAACGACA